AUGUCUUCUCUCUUCGAUGCCGUCCUCCAGUCCGAAUUGGGCUCAACGGCGGGCUCCCGGGCUCAUCCCUUCAAUUCGGAUAUCCCCAGUUCACGACCACAGCCCAUGUCUGAGAGCAAUGGCCCGAUGAGUGAUGCGAAUGCCAUGGCAGAUGACCAAGGCGCCGAGGCCAAUGACUCGACUGUCAUCCGUCGCAAGAAUCCCUACGUCCGUCCUCCGCCGCCUGUCGUCGACAUCGCGGGCGAAAAAGUGCGGCAGGCCUUUUCCGAGUUCCUUCAGACGUUCGAGGAUGAAAACCCGCCAUCUCAACCGCCUCCCUCUUCCGAAUCGUACACGGGCAAGUUCUACAUCGACCAAAUCUCGGGCAUGUCCAGGUUCAAUGUGUCGACCCUCUAUGUCAAUUUCAACCACCUAGCCUCCUACGAUAAUGGCAUCUUGGCCGACGCGAUUGUCAACCAAUAUUACCGUUUCCACCCCUUUCUCACAAGAGCACUCCACGACCUGAUCGCCAAAGUCGUCCCGGCCUAUUAUAAUUCUCACCGCCGAAUCGAUCAUCCCCAGUCCGAGGCUGGCACGUCGAUAAUGGGCGCCGCCUCCAGCCAAACCCAAACCGCACAGGAUAAUGGCGAAACCGAGAAGGAUCCUCGGAGGAAGACUCGUAACCAACAGACGGACAAGUUAUUUUCUCUCGCGUUUUACAAUCUGCCGUUAGUGUCCCGCUUGCGUCAACUGCGCACCGCCCAGAUCGGAAAGCUGCUGUCGGUCUCCGGCACGGUCACCCGGACCUCCGAAAUUCGCCCCGAGUUGUCGCUCGGCUCGUUCAUCUGUGAAGCGUGCCGGACGGAAUGCCCCGAUGUCGAACAGACCUUCAAAUAUACCGAGCCCUCUCGGUGUCCCAAUGAGUUAUGCGGCAACCGGGUCGGAUGGCGCCUGGACAUUGGAAAGAGUACUUUCGUGGACUGGCAGAAAGUGAAGCUGCAGGAGUCUUCUCAUGAGAUUCCCACCGGUAGCAUGCCCCGUACGAUGGAUAUCAUCUUGCGUGGGGAAAUGGUCGACCGUGCCAGAGCUGGUGAGCGUUGUAUCUUCACGGGUAGUCUGAUUGUGAUUCCCGAUGUCAGCCAACUCGGGCUUCCGGGUGUGCGACCCCAAGCCAUCCGCGACGAUAGUGGAUUCCGUGGCGGGGACGUGGGAGGAGGCGGCGUUUCGGGUCUCAAGGCUCUGGGUGUUCGGGACCUGGGGUACCGACUUGCCUUCCUUGCGUGCAUGGUCACUACGGAUACUUCGACUCCGGGCCAGCGCCCCAAACAAGUGACUGAACCAUCCAUCAACGGCCUGACCAUCGCCAACCAAGACCAGGACGCCGAGAACAGUGAUGACAACGCCCAAGAGGCCCUUCUUCAAAUCUUGACGCCUCAUGAAGUCGACGAUUUGAAGGAUCUGGUGCAUUCCGAUUACAUCUAUUCUCGGUUGGUGGAUUCAAUCGCUCCCAUGAUUUAUGGACAUCGCCAGAUCAAAAAGGGUCUGCUGCUCCAACUCAUUGGAGGAGUUCCCAAGACAACGGAACAGGAGAGCAUGCAACUUCGUGGUGACAUCAACAUUUGCAUCGUCGGUGAUCCGUCGACGAGUAAGAGCCAGUUCUUGAAGUACAUUUGCUCUUUGCAUCCUCGGGCAGUCUACACCAGUGGUAAGGCCUCGUCGGCCGCUGGUUUGACGGCUUCGGUAGUGAAGGAUGCGGAGACUGGCGAAUUUACCAUCGAAGCUGGUGCCCUGAUGCUUGCAAACGGAGGCGGUAUCUGUGCUAUUGAUGAGUUCGAUAAGAUGGAUAUCAGUGAUCAAGUUGCCAUUCACGAAGCUAUGGAGCAGCAGACGAUUUCCAUCGCCAAGGCAGGCAUCCACACUACUCUUAACGCGCGCGCCUCUAUCCUUGCGGCCGCCAACCCUAUCGGUGGACGCUACAACCCCAAGGUCUCUCUUCGCUCCAACCUCAACUUCAGUGCUCCUAUCAUGAGCAGAUUCGAUCUGUUCUUCGUGAUUCGGGAUGAACCCAAUGAAUCGGUGGACCGCAACCUCGCCGACCACAUUGUCAACGUGCACAUGAACCGCGAUGAAGCCGUCCAGCCGGAUCUGAGCACCGAACAACUCCAGCGGUAUAUUCGCUUCGCCCGCACAUUCAAACCAGUCUUCUCGGAGGAGGCUAAGGCCCUCCUGGUUGAGAAAUACAAGGAGCUCCGUUCGAACGACUCGCAAGGCGGCGCGGGUCGGUCGUCCUACCGCAUCACUGUCCGCCAGCUCGAGUCCCUGAUCCGUCUGUCGGAGGCCGUCGCAAAGGCCAACUGCGUGGAGGAGAUUACGCCGGACUUUGUGCAGGAGGCAUACGACCUGCUGCGUCAAAGCAUUGUCACGGUUGAAAAGGAUGAUGUGGAGGUGGACGAUGGGGAAUUUGGCGGCCAUGCCCACGACGAAGAUCACGAGAUGGGUGACCGUGACCGUGAAGGGGACAGCCCUAUGGCCGAGGGGGCAGAGGAACCGGCUCCCCAACGGCCUCGGACGAAGAUCACCUUUGACAAAUACAUGAAGAUCCUCAAUCUAGUUGUGCAGCGGGUCAACGAGGACGAGUCCCAGUCGGGAGAAGGUGUCGAGCAGGAGGAUCUCAUCGUGUGGUAUCUGGAACAGAUCGAGUCGGAGCUGGACAGCGAGGAGGACUUCCAGCGCGAGCGUUCGUUGGCCGGAAAGGUCCUGAAGCGAAUGGUGAAGGAUAACAUCCUGAUGCCGAUUCGUGGCGAGGGUCUUGUCGAUCCGGAGGAACAGGGCGACUCCGCCCCGAAGACGGUCUACGUGAUGCAUCCCAACUGUGCCGCGGAUGAUAUCGUCCUGCCGGACCCGAAUGAACGGAAAUCGAAACGAUAG